AUGGACGAGGGUAUCGUUAAAGAUGCCAGCUACCCUUAUGAGGCUAAGUUUGGAUCGUGCAAGACAUCAAUCACCACUGAUGCGAAGCAGCAGUGUCUGAAACCUAGGCAAUUCCAUCAAGCAGUGACCAUACCGGCAGCUGAUGAAGCAGCUAUGAUAAGGAAUGUAGCAAAAGGGCCCGUGGCGGCCAAAAUAUAUGCUUCGGAUCCCGCAUUCAUACAUUACCAGGAAGGCAUCAUAACAGCCAAGGACUGUAAGGCGUUGGAUCCAAACCAUAACGUGAUCAUCGUUGGGUAUGGCACUUCUUCAAAAGGAACGCCGUAUUGGAAAAUCAUGAACACCUGGGGGGAGUCUUGGGGAGUGAAAGGCUUCGGCUUUAUCGAGCGAACCGGAAACCAGCCAG